AUUAGUCUCGGAAAAAAAAAAACGAUCUUUCUCGAUUUUUUUACGAUAAAAAUCAAGUCUUUUUCGAUAAGCAAAUGGCAUCGAGCUCGAUGACAUCGUCACGGUCAUCAUCAUGGACAACGAAGCAGAACAAGCAAUUUGAGGAGGCUUUAGCUAAGUACGACAAGGAAACGCCCGACAGGUGGCACAACAUUGCCAGGUCAGUUGGCGGGAAAUCGGCCGACGAAGUGAGGCGGCACUACGAAGCUCUUGUUAAGGACAUUAUGCAGAUUGAAACUGAUCAAGUCCCAAUACCUAAUUACAGAGCCAUUGCUAAUACCAGAGGAUAUUCCAAUGAGCAAAGGUAUUUAUAUUUAUAUUUAUAUAUACAUAUAUAAUUAUUUUUUGUUGUCACGAUUUUAUUUUUUUCGGGCACUAUAUUGAAUUAGCGACAAAUAAGUAUUGUCGAUAAUCGAAAUAUUAUUUCCUAUGGUGUUUGCUCAUUUGUUUCUACCAAUUGAUAUCUUUCCACAAAGAAUUGAAAUUUUCGAUUUCAUAAUAUGUAUCUUCAAUUUUUGGAAACUUUUAUAAAAUUUUCAAAUUGUAGCGGAUUAAAUCCAGGGAUCGUAGACAUUGCCUCGUUUGCAUCACCGAUAGUUUUGAAUUUCCCAUUUAUCAAAAAAUUAAAUUCAUUAUCAUUAUUAAAAUUAAUUAAAAGUUCUUGCAUUUGCCUAACUGGCACUAAUUAAGGUUUCCAUUUGUGGUGCCCAAGUAGAAGGAAAUUUAUAAACAAGUUAUCUUAAUUAAAUAAUUAUUAGAAGAAAA